AGACUGGCUUUUUCACAGUCACAGACACACGCAAAGUCUGCCUUCAAACAACUAACAACUAAAGAUGCUUCUUCAUGCUUGGCUCCUUCUUGUGGCAUUAACCACUCUCACAUCUGGCCUCAAUCCAGGGGUAAAGGUUAAGCUGACACAAAAGGGCCUUGAGUAUGGCAGAGAACUUGGUAUAGCGUCAAUCCAACAGAAACUCAAAACCAUCAAGCUCCCAGAUGUGUCUGGCUCACAGAAGGUUAAUCCUAUUGGAAAAGUUUCAUACAGUUUCACAAAUAUGCACAUAAUAAAUGUUGGACUGCCCCAGUCAGCAGUGAGCCUAGUGCCAGGUGCAGGUAUCAAGCUUUCCAUUGGAAAUGCCUACUUGAGUCUAAAUGGAAACUGGAGGGUCAAAUAUUUGAAAUUCAUAAAAGACAGCGGCUCCUUUGAUUUGAGUGUGAGUGGACUGAGUAUUACUACAACUGUUGCUGUCAACAGCGAUGAAACAGGACGCCCUACAGUCACAGGCAACAACUGUGUUGCUUCUGUGGGCAGUGUGACAAUUAAGUUUCAUGGUGGCGCCAGCUGGCUGUAUAACCUGUUUAAGGAUUUCAUUGCCAAAGCAUUACGCAGCGCGUUGGAGAAACAGAUCUGCCCUUUGGUCGCAGAUGCCAUAUCAGAUGUAAAUCCUUAUUUGAAAACCCUCAAUGUUUUGGCCAAAGUAGACGAGUAUGCAGAGAUCCAGUAUUCACUGGUGUCAUCGCCUGUCAUCUCAACAACUUCUGUGGACCUAAGUUUGAAGGGUGAAUUUUACAAUGUCGGGAAGCACCAGGAGCCUCCUUUCAUCCCAAACGUCUUCUCAAUGCCACCCGAGAGUAACAACAUGCUGUACCUAGGCCUAUCUUCUUACACUGCCAACUCUGCAGGCGUUGUGUACACCACAGCCGGAGCCCUCAGCCUCUACAUUACUGAUGAUAUGAUCCCUGCAAGCUCCCCCAUAAGACUCAACACUCAAACCUUUGGAGCGUUCAUUCCACAGAUUGCCAAACACUUCCCCGGUUUGAUGAUGAAGUUGCUGGUUAAGGCAGCAAAAAGCCCAGUAAUAACAUUUGAAUCCAGCAACGCAACAAUCACAGCUACGGCUACUGUGACGGCCUAUGCCAUCCAAGUCAAUGGGACCCUUUCUCCCUUGUUUGUGCUGAACAUGGAUGGCAGUGUCAGUGCACAAGUGUUUGUUAGAGGAACAAGGCUGGCAGGGUCUGUCUCUCUCAAUGAAAUGGAUUUGACCUUGGGGACAAGUUACGUUGGUGAUUUUCAGGUGAAAUCCCUCGACAGAAUUUUCCAAAUGGUUCUGAAGCUUGUGAUCAUCCCAAAAUUGAAUGAUCAACUUGCAAAGGGAUACCCACUUCCUACAAUUGGAAAGAUGAAACUUGUGAAUACCCAGUUGCAGAUUAUGAAGGAUUACAUGCUGAUCGGAACCGAUGUACAGUUUUCUGGAUGAUAUGAGAUCUCCUUGAAAACAUUUGAAAAAAGAGAUUCUUUGUCUUCUUACAAACUACUGUGUUAGUCAGUGCUUGAUGUCUCCACUGUCAUACUUGAAAAUACUCACCCAACUCAAAUGACAGCAUUUUUGUCUGCUGACCUAAAGCAAAAAUGUCUUCUAAAGUUUUUGUCGUAGCUCACUGUGCUCUGCUGAUAUAAUGCUGAUCUUUUUUUUUUUUUAAGAAUCCCACUAAAGUAAUGAGUGUAGGUUACUGUGUCCACAUAAAGUACUGAUGUAACAUUUCAUUAAUUUGAUUAAUUUAUGAUUUUUGUAUUCAGUCCAGAUCUUUACUUAGAGACAUAUUAGUCCUUUUUCAAGACAAUAAAAAAGAUUCUUUGAUAAAACACCACAAUGAUUUGGAUCUAAGUGUGGUUUAUGGCUUUAUGUCUUAUUAGUGUUGAUUAUUCUGCAUUUAGACUAUCAUGUACGAAAAUAGAUAAAUACUAUUACUUUGUGUUGGACACUGGUGUACUACAGUAUUUAUAAUUUGUUCAAUUGUACUUGAGAAGGAUAGAUUUGAAAGCCGGUAACCUAACAUACAUUUGUGACUUUUGUGGCUUUUCGUUGAACCUCAAUGCUGAUAAUGUCAUAAUCAUUGUCAUGAACAGGCUCAAAGAUGAAGGGGGGCCUUUCUUGUGGUUGUACAAAGUUUGAAUGAAAGAAAGUGGAGGAAAAUCCCCCUUUUUGUAAAACGAAGGACUGAGUGUUACUCCAGUAAUGCGGUGUGCUUCAGAAAGGCCAGAAUGACACUGUAAAUGCAACAUAAUAGUCCUGGAUAAUAUGGCAUUCACAAACACAAUUUAUGAUCAGAAGGAAGGUACAAUACAAUAAUUAAAAUAUAGUGUCAUUUAAAUUGCAUUUUAUUGCAUACAUUUAAGGUCUAAGUCGUUAAAUAGUGACAUUUAAGUGAAAAACAUAUUUUAGUUUGUAUUUAAACUGAUCGACUGUACCCUACUAGAGAAUAGACAUGGUCAUUUCAGUUUGUAUUAGAUUUUUAAACAUAUUACUGUAGAAAAUACAGGGCCAAUCAUAAUACUUUUGAGAUUGCAGAUCCAGCAGAUAGUCACAUCUUUAUGGGUUCAUUUCGCAACCUGCACUUGACCACAGCAAAAAGUAGGUUGGUAAAGGUUAGGUUGAGUAAAAGUCAACCUAAACAUCCACUUUUAGAAACCAAACAAUAAGUGCUUCAGUUUUGCUGCAGUGUUGCCUGGUAACAGUUUAACCCAUACAGCCCUCACCUAUAGGGAGCACUGUGUCUGCUCUUACAAAUACAGUUUUGAUACCUGUACAGGACGUAUCUGGUAUUUCAGCAUUGUAUUUAAUGAUACUUUAAAGCACAAAAUCACAGAGGCACUUCUAUUCACCAACAAACUGAGUUGGGAUCACAUUUAGAUUGUGUUAAUGAGUAGAUGGUGUGUUUAAAAUUACAGGAACUGCAUGUAGCCUGCACUCUCAUACUGUUAAAUGGGAACUGCCUUGACACUGGGUUGCCAGUGCCUUAAUCUCAUAUGGGGGCCACAUACAAGUUUUCUCAUUCUCAGUACAUGGACACGUCUCAUGUGAAAACUCAGAACCAGAAUUCAGUCACUGAGCAGAGGCUGCACUAGCACUGAUUAAUGGCUGUCUGCAGGUCCUAAAAAUGUAUUUAUUAAUUUUUAUUUUUUUUUAUAAAAUUCUCAUGUGAGGCCCAUACUGUUUCUGAUUAGAUAAUAGUGAGUACCUAAACAUCAGAUUGUAACACAGAACUUGGCCAUUGUGUCCAAUGUCAAAGAAAAAAAAAAUCAACAAUUAUAAUGCUGAUUUUCAGUAAAAUCAAUAUUUGAUUUGAAGAUGUUUAGAUCUGGAGACACAGAUAGUUCAUGUUUAUGCAAGUUUAAAUCAAAAUUGUACAUGUGGUUCCUUUAAGUAAUAAAUCAAAUAUAUUUCUUUCC